AUGGCAGCAUUGGGGCUCUGUGCCAGGCUGGAUGUGUCUGAGGCAGGCUGGGUGCCCACAGGACCACAGCCCUUUGGCCAGCCUCACCCUCGCAGAGGGGGCCCUGUCCUCCAGCCCAGAUUGACUCACGGUGAUACGGAAUUUGAGUUGUGCCAAGGCACAGCAGAUGUUGCAAGAGCAAUUGAGUUACUGGAGAAACUGCAAGAAUCUGGGGAGGUACCAGUACACAAGCUACAGUCCCUAAAAAAAGUGCUGCAGAGUGAGUUUUGUACAGCUAUCAGAGAGGUGUAUCAAUACAUGCAUGAAACCAUAACUGUAAAUGGCUGCCCCGAAUUCCGAGCCAGGGCCACUGCAAAGGCAACAGUUGCUGCUUUUGCUGCAAGUGAAGGCCAUUCACACCCGCGAGUGGUGGAGCUGCCAAAGACUGAUGAAGGCCUGGGCUUUAAUGUCAUGGGAGGAAAGGAGCAAAAUUCACCUAUUUAUAUUUCUCGCAUCAUUCCCGGAGGAGUGGCAGAAAGGCAUGGAGGGCUCAAACGGGGGGACCAGCUGCUUUCGGUUAAUGGAGUGAGUGUGGAAGGAGAGCACCAUGAGAAGGCGGUGGAGCUGCUAAAGGCGGCUAAGGACAGUGUCAAGCUGGUGGUGCGCUACACCCCCAAGGUGCUGGAGGAGAUGGAGGCUCGCUUCGAAAAACUGAGGACAGCCCGGCGCCGGCAACAGCAGCAGUUGCUCAUUCAGCAGCAGCAACAGCAGCAAACGACACAACAAAACCAUAUGUCGUAG